GAUUCUAAUCCUAACUCCUUAAGGAACAGGGAGCAAGUGCCCGUGCAAGUCCUCUGGGGAAGGAGAGAAAGUGACGAGGGAAGGAACACUUCACAACUCAUCUAGAGAGAUAAGUGGAGCUUAUUUGCGGCUUGAGCGGCGGAACAAGGGAGAAAUCAAGCAUUUUAUUCUUGCUUUUCUUUCUCAUGACCGCUUUUUCUCAUCACCCUUUCCCUUGUUUGUCCUAAGUCUCUUUGCUCUCGAUCUUGACGUGCGGCCUGUUCAAGCAUGCCCACGAACGGAAUUAACAGGGCCCUGAAGCUGCAGUUUGGCCUCAUUAACUAUGAGAACCGCUACCUGACCGCUGAGGCCUUUGGCUUCAAGGUGAAUGCCUCGGGCACCAGCAUGAAGAAGAAACAGAUCUGGACCUUGGAGCAGGACGAACAAGAUAGCCAAGUGGUGUUCCUCCGCAGCCACCUGGGACGCUACCUGGCCUCUGACAAAGACGGGAAGAUCUUGUGUGGGGCGGAGAAGCCUGACCCCGCCUGCCGUUUCCUUAUCGUGCCCCAGUCUGAUGGCAGAUGGGCAUUGCAAUCUGAGCCUUACCUGCGUUACUUUGGAGGCUCGGCUGAUUACCUGUCCUGCUUUGCCCAAGUCGUUGGAGAACAAGAGCUGUGGGCCGUCCACUUGGCUUUACACCCACAGGCCAGUCUGCUCAGUGUGGCUCGUAAGCGCUAUGCCCAUCUGUCUUCCUCAGAUGGAGAGAUCUCCGUGGACAGCAACAUUCCCUGGGGAGUGGACUCCCUUGUCACCUUGGUUUACCUGGAUGGCAAGUACAGCUUGAAGACCUGUGACAGCCGUUUCCUCAGGAAUGACGGCAAACUGGUGAAGGAGAACAACAAUAAUACCAGCUUCACCCUGGAGCUCAAAUCUGGGAAGUUGGCCUUUAAGGACUGUGAUGGGAAAUAUUUGACCCCUAUGGGCCCGACAGGGACGCUGCGCUCGGGUCGAUGCUCCAAGCCUGGAAAAGAUGAGCUGUUUGAUCUUGAGGAGAGUCAUCCUCAAGUAGUUUUCCAAGCCGCCAAUAAAAGAUUUGUCUCGGUCAAGCAAGGAGUGAGUGUUUCAGCCAAUCAGGAUGUGGAGACAGACAUGGAGACCUUCCAGAUGGAGAUUGAUAAGGAGAGCAAAAAGGCGAUGUUCAGGACCAAUGGUGGAUCCUACUGGACUCUCGUGUCUCACGGAGAGAUCCAGUCCACUGCCAAAGAAGUAGAGGUCAACACAAUGUUUGACAUCGAGUGGCGCGGACAGAGGGUGGCACUCAAAGCAAGAAAUGGAAAGUAUGUGUAUACAAAGAAGAACGGGCAGCUCUCAGCGGUCAGCGAUGCAGUGGGUGACGAUGAAUUGUUCCUGAUGAAACUCAUCAACCGCCCCAUGCUGAUCCUCCACGGAGAGAAUGGCUUUGUGUGUCACCACAAGAGCUCCAACAGUCUGGAUGCCAAUCGAUCCGUCUACGACAUAUUCUCAUUGAUCUUCAACGAUGGGGCCUACAACGUAAAAAGCGUGAGUGGAAAGUUCUGGUACGUCUCUAGCAGUGGACUAGUGUGCUCCGAUGGAGAGAAGCCGGAGGACUUUUUCCUUGAGUUCCUGGAACACGGACGCGUCGCCAUCAAGGGCUCCAAUGGCAGGUACCUUCGUGGAGACCAGGGAGGCACACUUAUGGGUGAUGGUACAUAUGUCGAUGCAUCUUCUCUCUGGGAGUACUGAUCCCUUCAACAAGGGUCCUCAAAGAGGGCUCAAGAUGUGUUUGCAGAACCCGCUUCUAUCAGCUCAUUGAGGCGAACUGACGGGGUACCAUUCUCCUGCCUGUUUUUAUACUAGCUCCCAGGGGCCCGAUCCCAUGCCGGGUUUGUUUUAUUUGUUUUUAUAAUUGGGAAGAAGUGAAUGCUAGAGAGGUAUGUGUGUGUGUUUUUUUUUCUUGUAAAUGUUUAACGGUCAAUGCCAACAUCAAACAACACACACUGUGUGAAAGUGUGUAAUUUCACAAAUAAUAAAAUGUGAAAGUCACUGUCCGAAUGCUUCCAGAUACGUUUUCUUUUUUUUUUAUUUAGUUGCAGUGACAAACACAUAUCAGCCACACUGGUCAGUCAAUAAAGAGAAGUUUAACAGUUAA